CUCUCUUUCUCCUCCUCCUCCUCCUCGCACCUCUCCCUUUCUAUCCUUUGUUCCAUAUCCCACUCCGUAUUCCGUAUAACCUUAUUCUCUUUUCCCUUCCACGUUCUCCCCAACUUCUCCUUGGAAAUUUUUUACCGUUACAUUUCUAUUCUCCUUUAUAAACCCUUCACACUUUAGUCUUUAUUCCCCUGCCAAAUCUCAGAGGAAUCCCUCUUUCUUAUCCCCAUUUAUACUCUUUGUUCUCCCAGAAAAAAGAAUGAUCUUGUUACCGGGUUUUAUUCCCAGGGAUAGUUGGAAGAAGCAGGGAAGCAGGGAAGCAGAGAUUUAGUCGAAUCCAUCGUCAAGCUUCCACCUUUCCGUCGCCGGAACUAGAGAUACCCCUCCAAAUACCCAAAGAGAUGACCAAGCCGCGGACUUUAAGGAUCUUCUGGAACGAUCCGGACGUCACUGACUCCUCCGGCGACGAUGAGUGCUGCUCUUCCGGCCGCCGCAUCGGGCGGCUUGUCAGGGAGAUUGCGGUGGACCCUUGCUCUGCCACCGGCGCCGGCGUAGGCGAAGGGGAAGCGCUGCAGUGCCGGACCCGGCCGGUAAGAGGUGGAGUGAGGAAGAAGGCCGUGGCGGCGGGGGCGGGCAAGGAGUCGGCGGUGGGGGGCACGAAGUUCCGCGGCGUCCGGCGGCGGCCUUGGGGGAAGUACGCGGCAGAGAUCCGCGAUCCGUGGCGAGGCGUUCGGGUGUGGCUCGGCACUUACGACACCGCCGAGGAAGCCGCCAUGGUCUACGACUCCGCCGCCAUCCAGCUCCUCGGCCCCAGCGCCCCGACCAACUUCUGUCCCUCCGCCUCCGCCGGCGCCGCCUUGGCGGCCCAGACCUCGCCGGAGGCCAACCUUGUCUCGGUCUCCGGCGUCUACGAGUCCGGCGACGAGUCGCGCGGCGCCUUCUCGCCGACCUCCGUUCUCCGGGGGAUCUCUUCGGCGGCGGCGUCAUCUCAGGAGACGGGCGGUGUCGAGACCGCGGAAGUGAGGUUACCGGAGAACCUGGAGGAGUUCUUGGCGUUCGAAGACGUGCCGCUCUAUAGUGAUUUUUUGGACUUGGGGGCGUCGGAGCCGAGGAUUUUGGAGGACGCGGCGGGGAUCGGGUUUUUGACGGACGAGGUGAACAAGGGCGUGCUGCGAUCGGGGUGGGACUUCGGAUCGGCGCCGUGGCAGUGGUGCGACUAUUUCCGCGAGAUCGGCGAUUUAUUCCCGCUCGACCCCCUUCCCGCUAUAAAAUGAUGCGUACCGUUCGUCGUUCCCCCGACGCCGACUUCCCUACCGAGUUUGCAGCCGAGUGGGAGAUACGCGGCGCGCUGUUUUUCCUUUCCUUUGGUUCACAUGUUUUUAGUGUAUUAUUUUUUUUUUCAUAUAUUUUUCCGGUAGUUGUUUUAGAAAUUUGAGAUAAAGUUGGAUUUAAUUGUAACUUUGUAUGCUAGA